ACUAGCUGUCUAGCCUACUACUACCAGAACGAGAUAGUAACGAAGUCAAAACAGCGAAGCUGAGAAUGAGUGAAAAUGGCGAAGCCCCAAUCUCUAAGAUGGUAUCUUCGAAUGAAGCCCUUGAGAUAGUGCUGAGCGUUGCUCAGCGCCUGCCGCCGGUCAGCGUGCCGCUCCACCAGGCUCUAGGCAGAGUAUUGGCCGAAGAUAUUACUGCUCCCGACCCUCUUCCUCCUUACCCUGCCUCUAUCAAGGAUGGAUAUGCAGUUGUUUCUUCUGAUGGACCAGGUGUGUAUCCUAUAAUCACUGAGUCAAGAGCAGGAAAUGAUGGACUUGGUGUGGUUGUGACUCCUGGAACUGUUGCAUAUGUAACAACUGGAGGACCAAUACCUGAUGGUGCUGAUGCUGUUGUGCAAGUAGAGAACACUGAAUUGUUGUUAGAUGCUUCAAAUGAAUCAAAGCAAGUACGGAUUUUGAAGGGAACUGGCCCAGGAGUUGAUAUUCGUCCGGUGGGGUCUGAUAUUGCAAAGGGUGAUGUAGUAUUGAAAUCCGGGGAGCAUUUAGGGGCUCCAGAAAUCGGUUUACUUGCCACAGUUGGGGUGACUAUAGUGCAGGUGUAUCCUACCCCUACAAUUGCUGUCCUCUCCACAGGUGAUGAGCUUGUAGAGCCAGAAGUUGGAUGCUUAUCCCGGGGUCAGAUAAGGGACUCCAAUCGUGCAAUGAUCCUUGCUGCUGCAACAGACCAGCACUGCAGAGUUAUUGAUCUUGGUAUAGUUGGUGAUGAUGAAUGCCAGAUUGAAAAAACCUUAGACAGCGCCUUCUCUUCUGGAAUCAAUAUCCUUCUAACCUCUGGAGGUGUUUCAAUGGGAGACAGGGAUUAUGUCAAGCCUUUACUUGAAAAGAAGGGGAAAUUAUGUUUUCAGAAGGUACACAUGAAGCCUGGCAAACCUCUUGUAUUUGCUGAAAUCCUUCCUAGAUCAACUGACAUGACAACUAAUAAGAUUUUGGCAUUUGGUUUACCUGGAAACCCGGUGGGUUGCAUGGUCUGUUUCAAUCUUUUUGUGGUGCCAGCUAUUCGGCAUCUUUCUGGAUGGGCACAUCCUCACCUUCCAAGAGUGCAAGCUCGGCUCAAACAGUCAAUAAAGUCAGAUCCUGCCCGACCUGAAUUUCAUCGUGCCAUUAUCAGCUGGCAGUUAAACGAUGGAUCUGGCCUUCCAGGGUUUGUUGCCGAGAGCACAGGUCAGCAAAGGAGUAGUCGACUUCUGAGUAUGAAGUCAGCAAAUGCCUUAUUGGAAGUGCCUGCAUCCAGCAGUUCAGUUCCGGCUGGUGCUUCUGUGGUUGCAAUUGUUAUUACCGAUAUAAGCCAUUUUCCAAGUAAUAGAAGUCUGCAAUCAACAGAGUCCUGCCGCUCUCAGUCGGGGCAUAGGCCACAAGAAGUUAAUGCUUGUGUGUCUCAAAAUUCUGAGUCCAGAGUAGCUAUUCUCACAGUUAGUGAUACUGUUGCAGCAGGAGCAGGGCCUGAUCGGAGUGGUCCACGGGCAGUUUCAGUUGUGAAUUCAUCAUCAGAGAGGCUAGGAGGGGCAAGAGUAGUUACAACAGCUGUUGUUCCAGAUGACAUUCAAAAGAUUAGGGAUAUUUUGCUGAGGUGGUGCGAUAUUGACCACAUGGAUCUUGUUCUUACCCUAGGUGGGACUGGAUGUAGUCCAAGGGACGUCACUCCUGAAGCUACUAAACCUUUGCUUCAGAAAGAGACACCUGGUCUUCUACAUGUCAUGAUGCAGGAGAGUUUAAAGAUCACACCAUUUGCAAUGCUCUCCCGCCCAGCAGCUGGCAUAAGAGGGUCCACAUUGAUUAUAAACAUGCCCGGGAAUCCUAACGCAGUCGCUGAAUGCAUGGAGCCACUGCUACCUGCUCUUAAGCAUGCGCUGAAGCAGAUCCGAGGCGACAAGAGAGAGAAGAAUCCUCGUCAUGUUCCUCAUGCAGAUGCAGUUCCUGCAGAUACUUGGGAGCGUAGUCACAAGUUAGCUUCGAGUGGAGGAGAAGAGCCUACUUGUUCAUGUUCACACUGAAAGUUUUACUCCCGACAGGCAAGCUAAUUGCUUUUUGAGACCAUGUGUUGCAUUGUUUCACAAAAUAAGUGAACUCCGCAUAUAUAUAUAAUAUAUGCAUCUGUAAGUUCACAUAUCCUAAGAGAAACUCAACACUGCAUAUGUAUUCUGAUACAUACAAUGUAUAUAUAUAUAUAUAUGCAAAAUCAU